AUGGGAGGCAAGUGCCCACACCGCAAGGUGAAGAAGCGCCGUCUCAACUGCAAGCAGGUGCGCCGCGGCAAGUUCCUCGUCAAAGCCGACGACGCCGUCUACGACGAGCUCGUCAAGCUGGCCGACCAGGGCAAGGAUUCCGAGGGCAAGGCGCUACCCGUCGACGAGGACCUCCCCGGCAUGGGCCAGUUCUACUGCCUCCACUGCGAUCGGUACUUCGCGGAUGAGACCGUAAAGGAGGAUCACUACCGCUCAAAGCGCCACAAGAAAAGGGUCAAGCAGUUGUCUGGGCCAGCCCCACACACGCAAAUAGAUGCCGAUCUCGCUGGUGGAAUGGGAAUGCCGGACAAUGGCUUGAAGCUCAUGUCUUCCUGA